CGUGUUGUUGGUGCUGUUCAAGUUUAAAAAUCAAAAAAGUGUGGCACACGUUUUUGAUUAAAAAAUAUCAGAUUUUUUCAAUAAAGAAAACCAUAAUUUUAAAAAUAAAAAAUGGGACGCAAAGCCCAAUAUUCUGAAAAACCUAAGAAAGGUCCUGGCCGUAAAGCCAGAAAACAAAAACCACCAACAUUCACUAAAGCAAGUUUCGCUCCGAUGGUGGACACUGAUAAAAAGCUAUCCCAUCAUCAAAAGCAGCGAUUAGCAAAGCGAGUUGCCAAAAAAGAUGAGCAAAAGAAGAAGCAGCAGCAAAAGAAACUUCAGCCCAAGAAGCAGCAACAUUAUGAGAGUGAAAGUGAGGAAGAGGUUAACGCUUCGGCCGAGGAGCAAGAGGAAUCAAUGGAAGAGAGUUCAGGUGAAGAAGGUGCAGCUCCAGUCAAAGGUUUUACAGACGAGAACAAAUCGUGGUUGACGCCUAAGCAGAAGACGCAGAAGAAAUCAGUUGUUCCUCAGGGAAGCGACGGAGAGAGUGACGUUGAAGAGGAAGAAGAUGAGGAUGAGGAAGACGAUGAAGGUGAUGAGGAAAUUGAUGAAAGUGGUGGCGAAGAAGAAAUUGGAGACGAAGAAGAGGAAGACGAAGAUGAUGAUGUUGAAGAAGAAGAAGAAUCCGAAGAUGAAUCGAUGGAUAAACUAAAAGUUGGCAAACUAGAUGACUUAUCCGAGGAUGAAGCAAACUCUGAUGAUGAUUUUGAUGUCUCUGACAAGGAAGAUGAUGAGGACGAUGACGAAGAUGAAGACGACGACGAUGAUAAUAGUGAUGACGAUGACAAACUUCCAAUUGAAAAAGCCAACAAGAAGCUGAAGAAGAAGAAGGAAAAGGAAGCCAAGGAAGCUCAGGCUGAAAUGCAAAUGUCUGUCGAUAAUCAGGAAAUCUUCCGAUUCCCCGAAGAAGACGACGAGGAGAAAGAAAUAACCCUUCAAGAUAUCCAACAGAGAAUAAAGGACAUCACCUUGGUUCUCUCUGACUUUAAAAAAUACCGCCAAGAGGGCAGAAGCCGUCCAGAGUACAUAGAAAUUCUUAAGAAAGAUCUGUGCAUGUACUACAGCUACAACGAGUUCUUAAUGAACAAGCUUAUGGACAUGUUUCCCCUCAAUGAACUUAUGGAGUAUUUGGAGACAUCUGAGGUCGCUCGUCCUCUCACUAUCCGAACGAACAGUCUUAAAACCAGGCGUCGUGAUCUUGCUGCUGCUCUCAUCAACCGUGGAGUAAAUUUGGAUCCUCUUGGUAAAUGGACGAAGGUCGGUUUGGUAGUGUACAGUUCUCAGGUGCCUCUAGGAGCAACUCCAGAAUACUUAGCCGGUCACUAUAUGAUUCAGGGUGCAUCAAGUAUGCUGCCAGUCAUGGCCUUAGCUCCUCAAGAAAACGAAAGAAUUUUGGAUAUGUGUUCCGCUCCAGGCGGCAAGGGAUCGCAUAUUGCGGCCAUCAUGAAGAAUACAGGAGUUCUCUUUGCCAACGAUGCCAACCGCGACCGAAUCAAGGCCGUCGUCGCUAAUUUCCAUCGUUUAGGAGUGAUAAAUGCCGUAGUCAGUUGCGAAGAUGGUUGCAAGUUUCCUAAAAUUAUGACUGGAUUCGACAGAAUUUUAUUGGAUGCUCCUUGUACCGGAACGGGAGUGGUGUCAAAGGAUCCCAGUGUAAAGACAUCAAAGUCCGAAACCGAUGUUCAGAGGUGUUACAAUUUGCAAAGGAAGCUCCUGCUUACUGCUAUCGAUUGUGUCGAUGCCAAAUCAACCACUGGAGGGUACAUUGUCUAUUCGACAUGUUCGAUUCUUCCUGAGGAGAACGAAUGGGUCAUUGAUUACGCUCUGAAGAAACGUAACGUAAAACUCGUUCCAACUGGAUUAGAUUUCGGAACUGAAGGCUUUGUGAACUACAGACAGUUCAGAUUCCAUCCGAGCAUGAAUUUGACUAGACGCUACUACCCUCACACCCAUAACAUGGAUGGAUUCUAUGUGGCGAAAUUGAAGAAGUUCUCCAAUCAAAUUCCGAUAAGUAAGGAAGAGCAGGAGGAGGAUGAAAAAGAACUGUCUAAGGAAAUUGUAGAUGAAAAGCCAGAGGGUGAAGAUGCAGAGGAUGAGGAGCCAAAACCCUUGAAGAAACUUGGAAAACGUGCUGGGCAUCCCAAUUUGUCUGAAGCUGAAAUACAACUCAAGAAGAAAAAGUUGAAGGAGAGUUCAAAGAAAUAUGUGGCGAAUGUGUUUGAGAAACCGGUCAAAGUGGAGAAAGUCAAAAAAGCUGAGGAAGAGAAGUCAAAAGGAGAUGAAAAGAAAAACGGACAACAAAACCAAGAAAAGAAGGGUGAAAGUAAAGUAGGUAAUGGUGCAGCACCCCAUCAAGGAAAGAAGAACAAAAACCAGAAGAAUUUUGACAAUCAGGUAAAAUCAAAAGAAGCACUUCUGCAGGGAAAGAAGGGCAAAAAUCAUCCAGCAAAACAAAACAAUACUGGGGAGUCUUUGGCUACAAAUGAAACACCGGCGUUACAAGGAAAGCUAAACAAGAACAAGAACCAACAACCAAACCAGAAACCCAACAAGAAUCUGCAACAACAACAGAAUCAAAAUAAAAACCAGAAUCAGAAUAAAAACCAAAAUCAAAAUAAGAAUCAGAACAAAAACCAAAAUCAAAACAAGAACCCAAAACAACAACAACAGAAACAGAAGCAGCAAGAACAGCCAAACCAAUCUCCACAAAACGGAACUGCUGUCCAAAAGAAUAACAAGAAUCAACAUAAAAAUAAUAAGUCAGAUAAAAACGUGAGUAAAUCAACGCCAUCACCCAGUGUGCCCCAAAAUAAGCCCUCGCCUCAGAAAAAGCCAUCCCCAAAUACAAAUGACAAAGUGCAACCUCAAAAUGGCCAAACCUCUAAACCCAACAAGCAUAAAAAAGAAAAGAAAAAUGAAUCAGAAAAGCCCAAAAACGGAUCACCUGCAAAACAACAAAAUCAACAGAAACAACAAAAACUAAAAGAAAUCGUGCAGAGCAAGAAAAAGAUUGAUAUCGAUGAUUUACCAGUUCUAGAGGGUAAACCAAUUAAACUUAAUAAAAAUAAGAAAUUCGAAACGAAGAAAAUAGGACAAUUGAAAAAGGAUAAGAAAGAUUUUAAUAAAAAUAAACAAUUCAAAGGAAAACCAGGAAAACAAGGCCAGAAACAGAAACAGAAAUAGAGAAAAAUAAAUAUUGCCUUGUUAGAUAUUUAACUGUAUAAAAAUUAAUUAUUUACUUCACUUUUUAGAAAGCAAAACUAUUUUCUAGAUUUUGACUUAAUUUUUUAUUAUAACACUAGAUUUUAUUGAAGAAAAUAAAAAGAUUACACUGAUGUUAAUAAUAAU